UUACCGCCGCGGGGUGGGCAGGGUAGAGGGAAGGCGCUCUGGAGUCUACCUCACGCCGCCUCCGCCUCUUCGCCCCAGGCAGGAAGACCGGGCGAGCGCGCGGCUGCAGAAGCUCGGCAUGUCCUCGCUCGCCCUAGGCUGCCCCGGAGCCUCGUGCUCGUAGCCGAGCCGCAGCCUCGUCUUGGCCCUGCCCGGCCCCACGGUGCUCCAUGGUGGUUGAGGGGCAGCGCUCUGCUGCGGCGCGGGGAGGCGGCGGCGGCGGAGGAGGAGGAGGAGGAAGAAGAAAAAGAGGAGGAGGAGGGCAUGGCCGCCCUGGGGGACAACUGCAGCGUCAAGGUGGCAGUGAGGAUCCGUCCUCAGAUGCCAAAGGAGAAAAUCGAAGGAUGUCAUAUCUGCACAUCAGUGACACCUGGGGAGCCCCAGGUGCUCCUUGGGAAAGACAAAGCCUUUACCUACGACUUUGUUUUUGACCUGGAAACUUGGCAGGAGCAGAUCUACACAACUUGUGUAUACAAGCUUGUCGAGGGCUGCUUUGAAGGGUACAAUGCCACAGUUUUGGCAUAUGGUCAGACAGGUGCAGGCAAAACUUACACCAUGGGUACUGGCUUUGACAUGAAUGUUUCUGAAGAGGAAAAUGGCAUAAUUCCACGAGCCAUUGCCCACCUGUUCAAUGGCAUAGAAGAGCGCAAGCGGGCAGCGCGGGAACAAGGCGUACCAGCACCAGAGUUCAAAGUCAGUGCACAGUUCUUAGAGCUGUAUAAUGAGGAGAUCCUGGACCUUUUUGAUAGCACACGCGAUCCUGAUUCCCGCCACCGGAAGUCAAACAUCAAAAUUCAUGAAGAUGCUAAUGGUGGAAUAUACACCACAGGUGUUACAUCACGUCUCAUUGGCUCGCAGGACGAGCUGAUUCAGUGCCUAAAGCAGGGAGCUCUAUCCCGAACCACAGCCAGCACCCAGAUGAAUGUCCAGAGCUCCCGCUCCCAUGCAAUCUUCACCAUCUACCUUUGCCAAAUGCGUGUCUGCUCCCCUGUGCACUUGAUGAAUGGGGACCCUAAUAGUCUCCUGGAGGGAUCAGAGCCUACCAGUGAGUAUGAGACACGAACAGCCAAGUUUCAUUUUGUUGACCUAGCUGGCUCAGAGAGGUUGAAGCGGACGGGUGCUACAGGCGAAAGGGCCAAAGAAGGGAUCUCCAUCAACUGUGGUUUGUUAGCUCUGGGGAAUGUCAUCAGUGCCCUUGGCGAUCAAAGUAAGAGAGCCUUGCAUGUGCCGUAUCGAGAUUCAAAGCUGACCCGGCUCCUCCAAGACUCCCUGGGUGGCAACAGCCAAACCAUAAUGAUUGCCUGUGUGAGUCCUUCAGACCGAGACUUCAUGGAGACCCUGAAUACCCUGAAGUAUGCAAACCGUGCUCGUAACAUCAAGAACAAAGUCGUAGUGAACCAGGAUAAGACGAGCCAGCAAAUCAAUGCCCUGCGAGCUGAGAUUGCUCGCCUCCAGAUGGAGCUCAUGGAGUACAAGGCAGGUAAGCGUGUCAUUGGAGAAGAUGGCUCUGAGGGCUAUAAUGACUUGUUCCAUGAGAAUGCCAUGCUGCAGAAGGAGAACACCACUUUACGUAUGCGUGUGAAGGCCAUGCAAGAGGCUAUUGAUGCAAUCAACAUCCGUGUUACUCACUUGAUGAGCCAGGAAGCUAAUCUGAUUCUUGCCAAGGCAGGCGAUGGCAAUGAAGCCAUUGGUGCUCUGAUCCAGAAUUAUAUCCGUGAAAUUGAGGAGCUCAGGACAAAGCUGUUAGAGAGUGAAGCAAUGAAUGAGUCACUGCGUCGCAAUCUAUCACGGGUGUCGUCCAGGCUUCCCUACUCCCUGGGCUUAUCUCCAGGACCUGGUAUGGGAACUUCAAACAGCCCUGUCACUUCUGUGGAAGCCGAGGCCUCUGAGGUCCUCCAGUGGGCCAAGCAAGACGUAGAACGAUUGAAGAAGGAGACAAAGCAGCGAAAGAAAAGCCCAGAGAAGGAAGGAUUUAAGAAAAGGUUGAAGCUGCCACAGGGAAAUGAGGCAGACGAGGCAGACGAGAAUGAGGCAGAAGAGGAGGAACGGGAUGAGAGUGGCUGUGAGGAAGAAGGAGGUCAGGAAGAGGAAGAAGAAGAAGAUUCAGGAAGUGAGGAAAGCCUGGUGGAUUCUGACUCAGAUGCUGAAGAGAAAGAAGCCAACUUCCAAGCUGAUUUGGCUGACCUAACCUGUGAAAUUGAGAUCAAACAGAAGCUAAUAGAUGAGUUGGAGAACAGCCAACGGCGCCUGCAGACUCUCAAACACCAAUAUGAGGAAAAGCUGAUUCUUCUGCAGAACAAGAUCCGUGACACUCAGCUGGAGAGGGACAGAGUCCUGCAGAAUCUCAGUUCCAUGGAGUGCUACACAGAAGAAAAAGCUAACAAAAUCAAAGCAGACUAUGAGAAACGCCUAAGGGAGAUGAACAGGGAUCUGCAGAAGUUACAGGCUGCCCAAAAGGAACACGCUCGCCUCCUCAAGAAUCAGUCUCGGUAUGAGCGAGAGUUGAAGAAGCUGCAUGCAGAAGUGGCAGAAAUGAAGAAAGCCAAGGUGGCACUGAUGAAACAAAUGCGUGAGGAGCAACAGAGACGGAGAUUGGCAGAGACCAAGAGGAACCGAGAAAUCGCCCAGCUGAAGAAGGAGCAGCGCAGGCAGGAGUUCCAGAUUCGAGCACUAGAAUCUCAGAAACGACAGCAGGAGAUUGUUCUGCGCAGGAAGACUCAGGAGGUCUCUGCUCUGCGCCGCCUGGCCAAACCCAUGUCCGACCGAGUCGCUGGGAGGAUGAACCAGAAGCAAGCCAUGGUGGAUUCAGGUGCUGAAGUGUCCACCAGCACCACUUCCUCAGAUCCAGAGUCGGGUUCUCGUUCUGUCUCCAGCAUUGUGCGCCAAUGGAAUCGGAAAAUCAACACCUUUCUAGGAGACCCACCUUCUUCCACAAAUGGCGCUCGAACUAUCAGGAAGAAAUUCCCAAAGAAGGGGACAAACCAGACAUUCAGUAAGACAGCCCGGCUGAAAUGGCAGUCACUGGAGCGCCGGGUCUUCGAUAUUGUCAUGCAAAGGAUGACUGUCAUCAAUUUAGAAUCAGAUAUGGAGCGGCUCAUCAAGAAACGUGAAGAACUGUCCCUGAUGCAGGAGAUGCUUCUAGGGAAGAGGGAGAAGCUGCAGACAGAAAAUCCUGAAGAGCAGAAGGGACUUCAAGAGCUGAAUGAGGAGAUAGAAGUGCUGGCAGCCAACAUUGACUACAUCAAUGACAGCAUUUCAGACUGCCAAGCUACCAUCAUGCAGAUUGAAGAGACAAAGGAAGAACUGGAUUCUACGGACACCUCUGUGGUGAUCAGCUCCUGCUCUUUGGCUGAGGCAAGGCUUUUGCUGGACAAUUUCCUUAAGGCAUCCAUAGACAAGAGCCUACAGGUAGCCCAAAAGGAAGCUCAGAUCCGGCUGCUAGAAGGGCGCUUGAGACAGACAGACGUGACUGGCUCCUCCCAAAACCAUCAUAUCCUAGAUGCCCUACGAGAAAAGGCAGAAUCCCACCCUGAGCUACAAGCACUUAUCCAGAAUGUGCAGCAAGAGAAUGGGUAUGCCAGCACAGAUGAGGAAGUCUCUGAAUUCAGUUUGGCAUCAGAGGGGAGCUUUUCCCAGUCUUUCUCCAUGAAAGGUUCUGCUAGUCAAGAUGACUUCAAGUGCAGGGGGGAGCCCAAGCUCUCUGGCCAGAUGAAGGCUGUAUCAGCAGAGUGCCUGGGGCCUACACUGGACAUCUCCACUAAGAACAUCACCAAAUCACUGGCAUCCCUCAUGGAGAUCAAAGAAGAUGGUGUGGGUUUCUCUAUUCGUGAUCCCUACUACAAAGAGAAGGUCUCCCGCACGAUUAGCCUGCCCAUCCGAGGGAGCACAUUCCCUAGACAGUCCCGUGCUGCAGACACUUCACCUCUCACAAGGAGGAAGUCAUAUGACCGAGGUCAACCCAUCAGAAACCCAGAUGUUGGAUUCACUCCUCCUUCAUCCCCUCCCAGCAGGCCACGCAAUGACCGCAAUGUCUUCUCUCGCCUCACCAGCAAUCAGAGUCAAGGCUCAGCUCUAGACAAGUCUGAUGACAGUGACUCCUCUAUCUCGGAGGUGCUGAGGGGCAUCAUUAACCCAGUGGGAGGUUCCAGGAGUGCCCGAACAGCCCCACUGCAAUGCAUCUCUGUGGCAGAAGGACAUACCAAGCCUGUGCUGUGCCUGGAUGCUACUGAUGAAUUGUUGUUUUCUGGAUCCAAAGAUCGGAGUUGCAAAAUGUGGAAUUUAGUGACUGGCCAGGAAAUUGCUUCUUUGAAAGGCCAUCCAAACAAUGUAGUCUCCAUAAAGUAUUGCAGCCACUCUGGCUUAGUAUUCACUGUCUCUACCUCUUACAUCAAAGUGUGGGACAUCCGAGAUUCUGCAAAGUGUAUCCGCACUCUCACCUCAUCAGGCCAAGUGAUUACUGGAGAUGCUUGUGCUGGGACCACUACUCGCACCAUCACCAGUGUGCAAGGCGAGCACCAGAUCAACCAGAUUGCACUUAACCCCACAGGCACCACACUUUAUGCAGCCACCGGCAAUUCCGUCCGCAUCUGGGAACUGAACAGGUUUCAGCCCAUUGGAAAGCUGACAGGCCAUAUUGGGCCUGUGAUGUGUCUCACAGUGAACAGAACGCCAAGCAACCAUGACCUGGUCAUCACAGGAUCUAAAGACCACUAUGUCAAGAUGUUUGAGAUAGCGGAAGGCAUUGGUGGGAAUGUUGGCCCCACCCACAAUUUUGAACCUCCACAUUAUGAUGGCAUUGAAUGCCUAGCUAUUCAGGGAGAUGUUCUCUUCAGUGGUUCCAGAGACAACGGGAUCAAGAAAUGGGACCUGGAGCAACAGGAGCUCAUCCAGCAAAUUCCCAAUGCACAUAAAGAUUGGGUGUGUGCUCUGGCCUUUGUGCCUAGCCGGCCCAUGCUGCUGAGCGCCUGCCGUGGUGGAACAGUGAAGGUCUGGAAUGUUGAUAACUUCACACCUGUUGGGGACAUCAAAGGGCAUGACAGUCCCAUCAAUGCUAUCUGCACCAAUUCUAAGCACAUAUUCACGGCUUCCAGUGACUGCCGGGUAAAGUUAUGGAAUUACGUGCCUGGGCUCACCCCCUGCCUUCCACGACGCGUCCUUGCCAUCAAGGGCCGUGCUACCAGUCUGCCUUGACCCUCCUCCUGUCUCCUCUACUCUCCUGCUUACUUUUUCUUACUAUGUUCUCCCUCCCCAUUCCUUCUUUCUCCUUCCUACCCCAAUCUCUGCGAGCUGAUCUCAGCUGCUUCUUAACGUGAUUGGACAGUAAAGCUCUGGAGUGCAAGGAAGCUACUGAAGAGCAGAACCUAGAAGCCGGAAAAGAAUAGCUAUAGCCACCAGAGCAGUGAUCACAGGAAGAAAGAGGUGGUGCCCUUGUUAAGCCGGGCUUUCUGUGCUUUGAAAGAGGUACUUAGCUUCGGGUUGGAAUGUUGCAUGUUCAAGGCUUCAGGAGCAGAUGGUACUCUGGGUUUGGUACUGUGUACGUUAGCUGGAUGGUGCGAGGGAUCUUUCCUUUCCAGUUUCCAUGCUUGUUUGGAUUUUGCAGUCCCACUGAAUAGUAAAGUGAAGCUGUAUCUGGCAUUACCAGCCAAAAGAGAAGGUGAAGCCAAGGCA